AUGGCAGAGACUGCUGCAAACAACUCAGCAGAUGCUCUGUCAUCGCCCGGCAGUGUGAAUGGAAGUCAGCGGCCGUGGGAUCAGAGCGUUCCCAAUGGACAAGAUUCUGCCAAUGUCUUCCCUUCCAAGUCCCGAACGUCCCACGAUUCCACCGCUACGUAUUCAAAGUACAGCCAACGGCAUAAUACCACUCCUCAUGCUGUAAAUGGGACUUCCAGAUCUCGUACCUCGUCGAGAUCCGGGUCCAUGCAUGGCUAUUUGCACGAGCAGGGGUACCUCGCACCGCACCGGGUCGACACAUUAAGCCGAAAAGACCAUAGCUUGAGUCGCAAUGGGAGUGAUGCAGAGAGCCUUUUAGACCUCUAUGGUCGGGAUUCGGCCAAUCGCAGUACGUCGAGCGUGAUGGACUCGGUCGACCGAAAGCCCGAAAACAAGCCCCAUUACGAAGCCAUUGAGGAUCCCAAUGAGUCACACUGGAUUCAUCGAGACAAGCUAGCGAAAAUAGAGAGCGAGGAAUUACAGCAGUUUGGUAUUAAAAUUCGAGAUCCGCUUUUGAUGAGGCAUAGGUCAGGCGGUGGGCGAGGGCGUAGUCGCGAGUCUCAGAGUAUUGCAACAAACGGGGCUAGAGAUCGAAGCAGUUCAUCCCCAAUUAUUCCUGAGCGGACGGAGGAGCAAAUAUCUCCGCCUGCUCCCAUUGAAGACAGCCCCCAGGAAGACGAAGGCGGACCGGUCGUUUUCGAUGACCCACGGCUGCCAGAGGAGAUUGCGGCUGAUCCCCAUGAAGACGGCCGUGGCUCUAAAAUAUAUCGGAUGCCCGGGUUAAGAAAGAGUUCGUCGCGAAUUCCGGUCCUUACCUCCAGCCCUCAUCCCAUUCCCCCAGGGUAUCUAGAACGCGACUCUCCUCUCCAAAGACCACGGAACAAUACAGCCACUAGUGGAGACGAAGAGGGCCUCUCGCUCCCAAAAACUCGACGUCCAAGUGUAUCAGCGCCGCGCAUGUUGCAGACCCCAGAACCUGAGCUUGAAAGCACACCACCGAAAAAUACCGAAGCAAUUGACACCAGCGAGCAAUUACAAGGCUCGCCUUCCAAGUCGAAGCAGCCUGCAAAACCAGCUUCCGCGGCGACGAGUCGCAAAACAUCCAGCAACACGGAAACGCGAAAAGCCUCCGGAACCCACAAAAAAACAUCCCCCAGUAACUCUCACGGCGGCUCUGUGAGUCAACGUCCGUCGACUAGGGCUGGCGAGCGGCGACCCGGGACUGCCAUCAAUCGUCCCGAGGGAGAUCCCCCAUGGCUGGCGACGAUGUACAAGCCAGAUCCACGUCUUCCACCAGAGCAACAGUUGAUCCCAACCCACGCCAAGAAGCUCCAGCAAGAGCUCUGGGAGAAGGAGGGCAGAAUUCCAUCUGCGUACGACAAGAACUUCGCGCCCCUAUCCAUUCAAAAUGAAGAGAAAACCCCAUCCUUUUCGCCGGAGCCGGAAGUGCCCCAAGAGGAAUUUACUCUCCCUGGCCUCGCGUCGUCGCCACCGCCAAAUGAUGCUGCCAAAGCGAAUCAAACGGGGGCGGCUGGAACUGAUCGUACUAGCCAUCAUACAUCUCCAUCUGCUGUACACUCUCGUCCGGCUCCAACAUUCACACCGUCCAUCAGCGUGAAACCGGCUCCAAGCCCUAUGCAGGUUGAUGCCCCUGCUAAAAAGGAGAAGGGCUGUUCCUGUUGUGUUAUUAUGUGA